GUCUCUUGGCGGUAACAUGCUCACUGGCGCAAUCCCUUCAUCGAUCUUCCAUCUCACCAAUCUUGCCUUGUUGGAUUUCCGUUGGAAUCAACUGUCAGGCUCCAUUCCCGCAGCCAUCUCUCAUCUGGCUGCCCUCUCACACCUAGACCUCAGCUUCAACAUCAAAUUCACGGGCUCCAUUCCCCUCCAGAUGCAGCGCCUUACCAAGCUGCAAACUCUAUACCUCAGCUAUAUGAAUCUGUCAGGUCCCUUCCCAUCCUGGAUAUCUGGUCGCACCAAUCUCAGAAAAUUAGAGGCUGCUCACAACAGAAUCGUUGGCAGCAUACCAGAGUCGAUUGGCAGCACCAUCCACCUCGAAGUCUUCUCCGUGUGGAAGAACAACCUGUCAGGCAGCAUUCCCGAGUCCAUAGGCAGCCUCACCAGGCUCAGCAGCCUGGACUUGUCAGACAACCAGCUGGAGGGAACCAUCCCCGAGGGCAUUGGCAACAUGAAGGAUAUUCGGAAAUUGGAUCUCUCCAACAACCACUUGACCGGCACCCUCCCCACCAGCCUCUCGCGCCUCUCUGGCUUGUUUCAGCUGUUCCUCAGCCACAACAACCUGAGUGGCUCAUUUCCUCUGUGGAUUACAGAGAUGUCCAGCAUUGGAUGGCUAUACCUCAGUGACAACAAUUUCUCAGGCCCGGUACCUGCUGCUCUUGGCGGCUCCGAAGGCCUCAUCUUUCU